AUGGUUACUACCCGGUCAAAGGCUGUUGUUAGAAAAGGAAAAGCUGUGGGCACCCAAACGGGGGCCCCACACAAACGUGUGGGCGUCCAGGCCUCUGGCUGCAGAGAGUGCCGGAGCCUGGCGCUGGCUGAGCUGAAGGAUGAAGUGGAGAGGCUGAGGAGCAUCAGGGAGUGUGAGAGAGAGAGUGACUGGCAGCAAGAGGUGAUCUGGGAGAAGAAGGGGAAUGGAAACAGGUCCCUGCUCGGCGAAGCAGGCGAAUGCCCUCCCGACCCCUCCCAGCCCCCCAGUUACCCUUACAGAACAGAUAAAAGCACAGGGGUGGAGAAGACGAUGGUGAGGACAGCAGAGGACCUCAGCAUAAAGGAGCACCUGCAGAAUGAUGCCUUGACCCCAGGAGAGCUUCUGGGAUAUUUGAAACAGCUGGCGGCUGGGGUUCGGGCUGCCAUCCGGGCUGCAGAUUACUUGGAAAGCACCCUGACCUUCCUCAUGGAGAAGCUGCAAUGGGCUAUGAGGGGGGGGACUUCCCUGGCAGACCUGCUGACACCGCCUCAGCUGGGGAUGAUUUUCAAGGCAACUGGAUGUGACCAGCAGGAUAAGAAAAUAGAGUGUGACGUUUCUCGCUUCUACCAAAGGAUCACUGGUGAGUGCAACAGCAGGAGAAAACCAUCGCUAGGAGCUUCAAACAGAGCUCUACCAGCAGAAUAUGAGGAUGGUGUGUCACUCCCCUGUGGGUGGACAGAAGGAAAUGUUUCUGGAUUCCUCUUUCCACUGGUUCGAAAAGUGUUCAAUGAGACAAUCUGCUUUCUUGAGCAGCUCAGGAUGGACCAGCAGAGAUCACUCAUGUUCAUGCAGUGGGGCCAGUUUAUUGACCAUGACCUGGAUUUCAAUUUGGACACCCCAGCUAGAGUCACCUUCAGUGGCAAGGUGCACUGUGACACCAGUUGUGUCAAGCAGCCCCCUUGCUUUCCCAUUGAAGUACAGUCCCACCCUGGUAACCCACAAAUUAAAAACCCAAGAGAUUGCCUUCUUUUCUCCCACUCAGCUCCUGCUUGUACCAGCAGGACUUACUUUCUUACUUCCCUUGUUUUCUUGCAGAUUAUAACCUGCAGCGACUUCCUCCCUCUUCUGCUGGGGAGUGGCUUCCAGAGAUUGAUUCUUCUCUACCAGGGCUACAAUGAGUCUGUGAGUCCUCAAGUGUCCAAUAUCUUUACCCUGGCUUUUCCUAUUGCUCAUAUUUCAGUUCCCCCAACUGUUGACCGCUUAAAUCAAAAUUACAAGCCCAUAGAUCCCAAAAUCCUACUCAGAAACACCUCCUUUGCUGUCUGGAGAAUUGUUACAGAAGGUGGUAUUGACCCCUUUCUCUGGAGCCUGAUGGCUAACCAGGCCAAGCUGAUGACACAGCAGCCAAUGGUGGUGGAUGAGCUCUGGGAUCAGAUGUUUGAGAAGGUUGAAAGGACUGGGUUUGAUUUACCCAUGCUUAACUUGCAGCUUAGCAGAGAUCGUGGUGUCUCAGGUUAUAACUCCUGGAGACAAUUCUGUGGGCUUUCACAACCCUCUGUAUUGGAGACACUUGCUCAAGUGUUGAGGAAUCAUGGUCUGGCAGAGAACUUCAUGCAGCUGUAUGGGACAACAAAGAAUAUUGAUAUUUGGAUUGGGGCACUUGCAGAGUCCUUUGGGAAUGGAGGCAAAGUUGGGCCUGUCAUGACUUGUCUCAUUGUCAUCCAGUUCAGGAAUGCUCUUGAUGGAGACAGGUUUUGGUGGUUUUUCACUUCUCAGCAGCGCUCUUCCCUGGCCCAAACCUUCUUGUCACAAAUUAUGUGUGACAACACUCACAUCUCUGAAGUGCCGAGACUCACCUUCAAGGCCAACAAAUACCCUUUUGGUUUUGUGAGCUGUGAUCAGAUCCCAAAGCUGGCCCUCACAGCCUGGAAUUCGGAGAGGACUGAGGAAGGUACAGAGCAAUGUAUAAGCUUCAAACAGCAGAGGGUUCCUGCCUGCAAAUACUCCCCAGCUGUUUCAGCUCUGGGAACAGAUCCUGAGUCUCCAUCUUGCUCAGGACCUUCUCUCAGUGAUGACUACAUCCCACUGGAGUGCAGGUCUACCAAGAUGGUCAGUGGGCGGUAG